AUGAUUCGGGAUCAGGACCCCACAAGUCAAUUCCAAGCACUUGAAAUACUUCAUCGGGUGGUACUACGUGGCGGUAUUAACGAAGCUAUUUGUAUGCAUGCUGUGUAUUACAGUAUUUGGAGAAAAUUUGGUGUUUUACCAGAAAGGUUCAACUGGCAUGUGAACAUGCCUGAUGGUAAUUUUUAUCCAUUGAGACCAGAAUUUGUAGAAGCAACAUAUUUUCUUUUUCAAGCAACAAAAAAUCCAUUUUAUUUGCAUGUUGAUCGUGAUAUAAUAGAAAAUUUGAACUACUACACAAAAGUCGAAUGUGGAUAUGCAACCGUACACGAUCUAAAUGAUAAAACAUUGGAAGAUCGAAUGGAAAGUUUUUUCUUAAGUGAAACAUGUAAAUAUUUGUAUCUGCUUUUUGACGAAGACAAUUAUUUGAACAAACAGGGUGCUAAUCAUUAUAUAUUCACAACGGAAGCUCGUCCAAAAAUUUGGCUUCGUGACUCUUUUCUUUUAUGA